AUGACCUCGCAAAUGGAUACAGACGAGCAAUCCAUAGUCCUCCCCUCUAGUACAACAUCCGGACUGACUUUGUCGCUGCAUCCCCUGCCGAUCCUCAAUAUUUCCGAACAUUUGACGAGACUAAAGCUUCAGACUCGAUCCAAUUCACCUUUCGUCCUCGGCGCAUUGCUAGGCACCCAGAACGGUCGAGAAGUCGAGAUUGUAAACACCUUCGAACUUGCCACAGAAGAGGGUCGCGAUGACCUUGUGUCUAGACGAGAUCAGUAUAAACAGGUGUUCCCCUCUUUAGAGUUCAUUGGAUGGUACACAGUAGCUCCUCUACCGACUUCUCGUCACAUCGCGUUACAUGAGCAGUUUACAGGGUACUGCUCGACGCCGCUCCUGCUUGUCCUACAACCCUCCACGAUAACUUCUUCAUCGUCUGAUAUCACUGGGCAAACCCUUCCUUUCAAGGCUUAUGAGCCCACCAUCGAAAUAAGGGAUAAGAAAACACGUUCCGUGUUCAUAGAGGCACCAUAUAAGGUAGAGACAGGUGAGGCCGAGCGUAUUGCUGUCGAUUGGACAGCCAAGGGUGGCGGUGGAAGUACCAGCCUUGAAUCUCAUAUUCAGUCUCAGCGGGCAGCAGUCAAAAUGUUACAUGAGCGAAUAUUGGUUCUUGUACAGUAUGUGACAAACGUGAUCGCAGGUCAAAUUCCCACAGAUCAUACAACUCUUCGAUCUUUGUCUGCCUUAAUUGCCUCGUUACCGGCCAGUGAGAAUAAGGGCUUCCGCGACGAAUUCAACACUGAGUAUGAAGACGUCCAACUGACUGCGUUUCUCUCAUCGCUUACGAAAUCGACAAACAUUUUGAAUGACCUUGUCGACAAGCACCUUGUACUCAUAGGAGGAUCGCGGGACGAUCGCACUCUAACUGUAAGGAGGAGGGGGAUGGGAAGACAAGGGACGAUGCCAGGGGAUUGGGCGAUGCACCCUUAG